CUUCAUUUCAUUUGCUUAGUGUUUUUUUUUUUUUUUUAAAUUUUUUAUGACUCUCGUUUCCUUUGAACAUGAAAGGUUAGAUUACUUGUAUUGAUUGGUUAAUCGACCGAUCGACAACUCCUUUCAAUCUAAUGUUCAACUUCUGGGGUUCUCAGGAGCAACAAGCCCAGCCACAUCCACAAGAUGCUCCUUCACAAUCUUGGUACCCUCCAUCUGUAGUGAGCUCCCCUAAUUCCUCCCGCCCUGGGACACCAAGUAGCAGCUCUUCUGGUAGUAGCUAUGGUAUGCAACAACCUACAUAUCAUCCACUGUCUCCUUCACACGUGUCACCUGCUGAAGCAACUAGUGUUAUUACCCUUUUGAAGGAUAAAAGUAUUGAUGAGCUUCGGAAGCUGUUGUCAGACAAGAAUGCAUACCAUCAAUUUUUACUUUCAGUUGAUCAGGUUAAAAUUCAAAUCAAUAUAAGAGACGAGCUUCACAAAGAAACUCUUCAACUGGCUAGGGAGAACUUGGACAAGGAGCCGCGCAUAUUGGAACUUAGGAACCAGUGCAGAAUAAUACGGACUACUGAGUUGGCUGCUGCCCAGGAGAAAUUAAAUGAACUGGAAAGACAGAAAGAAGAGAUAUUGUGCUCCCGCUCCCCUGCAUCCCUUCUCCAAAGGCUUCAAGAAGGAAUUAAUAAGACAGAAGAGGAAUCUGAAACACUGCACAGACAACUUCUUGACAGGGAGAUAGAACUUGCAUCUUUUGUGCAAAAGUACAAAAAACUCCGCACAACACACUACAGAAGAUCGCUUAUCCAUCUUGCGGCUAAAACAACAACCGGGUGACUAAGAGUUUGGGUGCAGGACGCGAAUGCUCAGAGAAGAUGUUGCUUGCUUGUGUAUCUAUAUUCUUGCAAGACACUACACUUUAUGAGAUAUUUGUGUAUCAUUAAUCAUAUAUUUUCUUUCUUUUUUUA